UUUGGAGAGUAAAAACGCAAAUUCAAGAUGGCGCUGAGUCGAAAAACAAACGUGCGUCUCCCCCCAGAGGUGAACAGGAUCUUGUACAUCCGUAAUCUGCCGUACAGGAUAACCGCAGAAGAAAUGUACGACAUCUUUGGGAAAUAUGGUGCCAUUCGCCAAAUAAGAAUGGGUGUAACUCCAGAGACAAAAGGCACUGCGUUUGUUGUUUAUGAAGACAUAUUUGAUGCCAAGAACGCUUGCGACCAUCUCUCAGGUUUCAACGUCUGUAAUAGAUAUCUGGUUGUACUCUACUACCAGUCGAAUAAGGCCUUCAAAAAAAUCGAUACCGAGAAAAAGAAACAGGAAUUAGACCAAAUGAAAGCAAAAUACGGACUCAGUACGCCAGAAAAACGGUGAUCGAAACACAUCUUGGAAUUUCCUAUUGGAUUUUGUAUUUGUACAGUAACAGACUUUAGAAACAUCAUGGAUUAUCCGGACCUCAGUUUUAGUGAUGACAUAAGCCGUGUUUCUACGUGUGCAGGAAAUAUGGAAUGGGUUUGCUGUAAAAUCAGUGUUUGAAACACAUCAUAAGAGUCACGAACACAGAUCUUGUACCGUAAACCAGGGCGAUAAGUUGUCAGGGAUUUUAGCUACUUCAUCUCUGUGUGUCAAGGUGGUUGUAUGUUGUCCAAAUAUCACAAUUUAGAUGGUUUUUUUUCCAAAUGGGGGGAGGGGAGUUUGAAGUCGAUUCCAGUAUCAGUCAGCUAAGGGGGCUCAUGAAGGAAAUUGAUAGUGUUGUACGUAAUUGUUGGCACAUGUUCCAGUUUUGCACUUCUCAGAGUUUUGCAAGAUGACAUGACUUGACUUCAUUAUUCAAAAGUUGCAUUCAUUGCCAUAUUAUGUGGGACAAAACAUGUUCACCGAUCUGAAAAUUUUGGAAAUAAAUGUGUUCAAAAUUACAA